AAAUACUUGUAACUUACGACGAUGCUGCAUUGAAACUUCCUUCCAACAAGGCGCUAGGAUGAGGUUCUCGUCCCUGGUAAGCGCAGUCUUAGGACUGUGCAUUACAGCAUCAAGUGCCGAAUCCAAUCUCACCACACCACAAGGGACACAGAAGUUCCUCUCCGGCGACUUCGAGCCUCCUCAGGUAUUCGAGAAUACGAAUGUCGUCCGGACCAUCAACCUUGAGAGAGGCUACGUUCGAGAGACCACGAAUGUUCUGAUUACCAACACCGACAAGGAACCUCAGUCAGAUUACUAUGUCCCCCUCGACUAUGAUCUGGUUGGCAGAAUAGGGGGCUUCGACGCCCGGGACAAGAAGAAUGCUGAGCGAGGACCAUUGGAAGUCACCGUUGCUGCAUUGGCCAACGUUCUUGACGCUACUCAAUACUAUAUCAUCCAUCUCGACGAGCCCUUACCUCCCAAAGAGACCGCAACUCUAUCCAUAUCCUACAAUAUCCUCGGUGCGCUGAAACCUCUGCCAGCAUCCAUCAAGCAAGAAGACAAACAAUACCUCACGUACGAUUUCUCUGCCUACAUCGCGACGGCGUACACGACCAUCAAACAGAAAACCAAAGUCAAGUUCCCUUCGGCAGACGUCCCAGAAUACACAACCACAAAGGGACUGACUUCGAAUGCGGACCCAGAGAAGCAAGGCUUAUUCUUUAACUACGGACCAUACGAGACGGCAAAGGUCCCAGUAGGCACCGUCUACCCAGUCACCGUCCGCUACGAGUUCAAUAAGCCACUCCUUGUAUGCAGUUUACUUGAGCGAGAUGUCGAAGUCUCCCACUGGGGAGGUAACCUCGCGUCGGAAGAGCGAUUCUGGCUCCGACACGAUGGUGCCACACUGGCCAACCAGUUCUCCCGCGUAUCCUGGAGCACACAAAGCUUCUACAUCAACGCCGGUCAGCUGAGCACCUCGGCCCUACGAGAGCUCAAGGUACCCCUAAAACCAGGCAGCGUCGACCCUUACUUCACCGACGACAUCGGCAACGUUUCGACAUCACGGUUCCGACCGAACAACGUCCGCGAAGCCAGCCUCGAGCUGAAGCCUCGCUACCCUAUCUUUGGUGGAUGGAAAUACAGUUUCCGUAUCGGUUGGAACAACGCACUCUCUUCCUUCUUGCGCAAACCCAAGACCCCAUCGGACACAUACGUCCUGUCUGUGCCUCUACUCGAAGGGCCCAAGAUGCCCGAAGGAAUCCAGUACGAGCGUUUCGUGCUGCGUGUCAUUCUCCCUGAAGGCGCUACGAACGUGCAAUACCAAACCUACGGCGGCACUGGCGUCCCAACGCUCCACGCCGAACACAGCUUGCACAAGACUUUCAUGGACACACUUGGUCGUACAGAGCUGAAGCUUUCUGCCAACAAUGUUGUUGAUGACGCGAGAGAUAUCACUGUCCUGGUGACUUACCAGUAUACAUUCCUUGCGGCUUUGAGGAAGCCUGUGACUAUCUUUGCCAGUGUCUCGGCGGUCUUUGCCGUGGCAUGGUUUGUCGGCAGUGUGGAUACUAGCAUUGGCAAGAAGAAGAGGUAG